AUGACGGAAAGCAAUUUCAGCUUUUCUAGUACCACGCGGCAGACCUCGAUAACUUCCGCCUUUGUCGUGGACACUGAGCAAGCCGCGUCUAUUAAGACAACUGCAAUCUCUAUCCCCUCGACCGCCGUCCGUACUGGGGCCGCCACUGCGGCUGUCAAUCGCACGUCCACAGAUAGGUUUCGUGAACUGCCCUGCCAAUGGAUUGGAUGCAGUGAAACGUUUUUCACUGCCGAGGCCUUAUAUGAGCACAUCUGCGAGGGGCAUAUUGACCGCAAGGCCACUAACAACCUCAGCUUGGCAUGCCAAUGGGGUAGCUGCAAUGUUACUGCUGCCAAGCGGUACCAUAUUACCUCCCAUGUUCGGGUUCAUGUGCCGUUCAAGCCUCACGAAUGCCAUGUCUGCGGCGACUCUUACAAGCGGCCCCAUGAUUUGAAGAAACAUGUCAAGACUCAUGCGAACGACCCGGAGAUUCGAUUUUCUGAGAUGAGCAUGAAGCAAAAAGAUUAUCGUAUUCUCUGGGAAUCAGAAGAUCUAGUCUCGUGA